AUGGAUUUCUUCCUAACGAUGGACUUUACUGCUCUUUUUCUGGAAAUCCUAGCCAUUGUUCUCAACGGCAUUGUACUACUGGGAUUUUUUCACACGAAGAGAGAUAGCGCUUCACUCCGACUCCUCAGCUACCUCACAUUGACGGAUUUUCUUCACGCUGUCACAAUGGUGUUUCACACCAUAUAUCUUAUUCAUAUGUGGAAUCCUUCUGAAAUUCGAAUGAAUCCUUACAUUGUUAUGCUGACCAGCACACCAUUAACCUUACAACUAAAGAUCAAUCUCACGUUGACCGUUGCCAUCGCACUAGACAGAACGUUGGCUCUCUGUGUACCAGUUCGGUACAGGAUGAUCUCACCAUCAUUAUUCGCCACUAGCGCCAUCUUUCUAGCAGUCUUGUGUGGUAUUUCAGAUAUAAUUGUCGAAUUUACGCUCUCUCCCAUCUCUCCAAAACCAAACUGUGCAGCUGUCGGUUGCUUUGUCAGCAUAGCUUUUCGUAACUACUGGGGAACAUCUAACAUGGUGUUAGGACUAGCUGUAAUUUUGCUAACAACAUUUCUACUAAUAAAAUUACGCCAAGUUGAAGCACGAUCGAGACAAUGGAGAGCUAUUCAGAAAUUCGAGGGCACAAAAUUCACACAGGGAAUCCAAUUUGGAAAAGUUAAACAGAAAUUGGAGGACGCAUCUAAUAUUACUAAGGUCGAAUCUAACAGUUCACGCAGCGGCAGACACGUCGCUCAUCCGACAGAGCACCUCGGCGUUUAA